AUGUCAGCGUCUUCCACUAAAGACCCACCAUCGGCAUCGUCGAAUGCUAACUCAUGCGGCAGCGAGAAUGACUCUACCUCCCUAUCGGACAGCGUGCAGGCCUUUCCCGAGCAGUUUGGCCGCACGUACCACGCCUAUCGUGCCGGCUCAUACGCUUUUCCUAACGACACCCCGGAGCAGGAGCGCCUGGAACUCCAGGGCGAGUGCAUCAAGAGACUCUUGGACGACAGGCUUUAUCUUGCUCCGCUCUCGACCACGAGGCCUCCGCGCGCCAUUCUCGACGUGGCCACGGGUGUAGGCGAUUGGGCUAUCCAGAUGGGCGAUUUGUUCCCUACGUCCCUGGUUAUUGGAACCGAUCUAUCCCCCAUCCAACCAGCGGAGGUGCCCCCCAACGUUCACUUUUACGUCGAAGAUUCGACCGACCCAUGGGACUUCCCGCAACAAUUUGACUAUAUCCAUACACGAGCUACCUCCGGCUGCUGGGCCGCAUUUGAGACUCAGAUCGCCGAGCAAGCCUUCGCCGCGCUCGAACCCGGCGGCUGGUUCGAGUCGCAAGAAGUCGACGGCAAGGUUUGCUGCGACGAUGGCACCCUCGAUCCUAACGGGCCCCUAGCCGCAUGGUCCAAUGAUCUUAUUGUGGCGUCAGAAAAGCUUGGUCGUCCCGCCAUCCUGGCGGCCACCCUUAAGGAGGUAUUCGAGAGGGUCGGCUUCGUUGAUGUGCAACAGCGUAUUUACAAAAUGCCCAUUAACGGGUGGGCAAGGGACAGCCGGCUCAGGGAAAUAGGGUAUUUGUGGGGGGCAAACAUCUUGGAGGGGCUAGGCGGCUUCUCUUACCAGCUCUUCAAUAAGGCGUUUGAGCGAACGAGCGCUCAGAUCGAGGUAUCUCUCAUCAAUGUUCGCCGGGAUAUCACCAACCCUCGAAUACACUGCUACAUGCCUGCGUUUGUUGUUUGGGGUAGGAAGCCAUAUCCUGACGAAAUGUAA